UUUUAUAAUUUGCAGAACAUCAAAAAAUUCGUCAGGUAGCAACAUGUACGACUUCAUCCAAUCCAGACACCCACGGCAGCAUUUCAAGUAGUACAUAUGGACAUUACCUGGAAAUUAGGAACUAGGAGUAGUGAAGGGUCAGUCUCGCAGCCUUGAAACGAUUAGUACAUCUUUUUGGAACACCAGUUCAGAUCAUGGUUGAUGGAGGUCGAGAGUUUCUUGGUGAAUUCAAAGUUUAUUGUAACCGCUUUGGGAGCAACAUACAUUCAAUCGCACCAGGAAUAAGCCGAGCUAAAGGACAGCUUGAAAGUAUCAUGAGCACUUUAAAAAAAUGCCCUAACUAUUAUAAAAAUUACACUACCGAAAACUGGCAGACUGCUCUUGAAGCAUUGCAACUCUCGUUUAAUUGCACGCCUCAUAGAGUUACUGGAGUUGCACCUCUAACUCUUCUCACUCGUCGGCAGCAUUGUGUGCCAUCGGAACUAUUAAGGUUAAUUGAUUUUGAGAAUGAAUUUAUAAAUUUUGAUGUAUUGGAGGAAUAUGUGCAACAGAAAAUGUUGGCUUCGGCGGAAUAUGAUAAACAGAGUUUUGAAAAAAGUAAAGGUAAGCUACGUUCAUUUAAAAGAGGUGACUAUGCACUAAUCAAAACUAAUCCUCGUAAACAAACUUCUUUGGAUCUGAAAAAUACUGAACCAUACGAAAUAUACAAAAUAUUGGAACUUGAUCGUUACAUGCUAAAACGUGUAACCGGUAGAGGCCGGCCGCGUAAGUUAGCUCAUGAUCAAUUACGUCCAGCACCAAAUCCAGCAGCAGCAGGAACCGUGUCGGCGGAUCAGAUUGAUGACCCUCCACAUUACGACAGUCCAUUAAAUGUUGAAGCUUCUGAAAAUUUAGAAGUUGAAUCCAAUGAACGAUCAAUAAACUUGGUCCAACAUUCAUUGCUUAGUAAAGUAUCAAUUUAUUGACAAUUGUCUUUAUCAAAAGAUCUCUCAAGUUGAGGAACUUGACAUGAGGUCAAUAAAAAAAAAAAAAAAAAAAAUUUUAGAA